CUCUUGGACUGCAAAUCCCAGCAAUCUCAGCCUUUUACCACUGUUCAACUGGGCUGACCCUGAACUGAAUCAGCUCCUGGAUUGCCAAAGAAUCCAAUGUUUCCUGAACUGACUUUACUUCUCAAAGCUGAUGGUCGGUGCUUGAAAAGUGCUGCCCUGUUGUAACAUUGUAACUCCCUAUGUGGGGAGUCAGUGAUCUAAUGGAUCCUGCAGGCUGUGAAUGCUGCACAUUGAACCUCCCACUUACCAUCCAUAAUACGCCCAUUAACACAUCUCCCAACAUGUCAAAGGUAAAAAGAGGGACACUUUAACUGUUAGGGGUGUGAGUGGGCGCGGGGCUGUUCUUAGACCUUUAUACGUAUAUACAGGAGGCCACACUCACACUCUCCCGUACCUUUAUACAUAUAUAAAGCAGGUCACACUCACACUCUCCCGUACCUUUAUACGUAUAUACAGGAGGCCACACUCACACUCUCCCGUAAUUUAAUACAUAUAUACAGGAGGCCACACUCACACUCUCCCGUACCUUUAUACAUAUAUACAGGGGGUCACACUCACACUCUCCCGUACCUUUAUACAUAUAUACAGAGGGUCACACUCACACUCUCCUGUACCUUUAUACAUAUAUACAGGGGGUCACACUCACACUCUCCCGUACCUUUAUACAUAUAUACAGGAGGCCACACUCACACUCUCCCGUACCUUUAUACAUAUAUACAGGGGGUCACACUCACACUCUCCCGUACCUUUAUACAUAUAUACAGGGGGUCACACUCACACUCUCCCGUACCUUUAUACAUAUAUACAGAGGGUCACACUCACACUCUCCUGUACCUUUAUACAUAUAUACAGGGGGUCACACUCACACUCUCCUGUACCUUUAUACAUAUAUGAAGGGGGUCACACUCACACUCUCCUGUACCUUUAUACAUAUAUACAGGAGGCCACACUCACACUCUCCUGUACCUUUAUACGUAUAUACAGGAGGCCACACUCACUCUCCCGUACCUUUAUACAUAUAUACAGGGGGUCACACUCACACUCUCCUGUACCUUUAUACAUAUAUACAGGAGGCCACACUCACACUCUCCUGUACCUUUAUACGUAUAUACAGGAGGCCACACUCACUCUCCCGUACCUUUAUACAUAUAUACAGGGGGUCACACUCACACUCUCCUGUACCUUUAUACAUAUAUACAGGGGGUCACACUCACACUCUCCUGUACCUUUAUACAUAUAUACAGGGGGUCACACUCUCCUGUACCUUUAUACAUAUAUACAGGAGGCCACACUCACACUCUCCCGUACCUUUAUACAUAUAUGAAGGACGCCACACUCACACUCUCCUGUGCCUUUAUACAUAUAUACAGGAGGCCACCCUCACACUCUCCCGUACCUUUAUACAUAUAUAUAGGAGGCCACACUCACACUCUCCUGUACCUUUAUACAUAUAUAAAGGAGGCCACACUCACACUCUCCCGUACCUUUAUACAUAUAUACAGGAGGCCACACUCACACUCUCCCGUACCUUUAUAUAUAUACUGUAUACAGGAGGCCACACUCACACUCUCCCGUACCUUUAUACAUAUAUACAGGAGGCCACACUCACACUCUCCCGUACCUUUAUACAUAUAUAAAGGAGGCCACACUCACACUCUCCAGUACCUUUACACAUAUUUACAGGAGGCCACACUCACACUCUCCCGUACCUUUAUAUAUAUACUGUAUACAGGAGGCCACACUCACACUCUCCCGUACCUUUAUACAUAUAUAAAGGAUGCCACACUCACACUCUCCUGUGCCUUUAUACAUAUAUACAGGAGGCCACACUCACACUCUCCCGUGCCUUUAUACAUAUAUACAGGAGGCCACACUCACACUCUCCCGUGCCUUUAUACAUAUAGCCACACUCACACUUCCAAGUGGCCUUUUACACAUAUAUUAUAACACACUCACACUCUCCCGUGCCUUUAUACAUAUAUACAGGAGGCCACACUCAGACUCUCCCGUGCCUUUAUACAUAUAUACAGGAGGCCACACUCACACUCUCCCGUGCCUUUAUACAUAUAUACAGGAGGCCACACUCACACUCUCCCGUGCCUUUACACAUAUAUACAGGAGGUCACACUCACACUCUCCCGUACCUUUAUACAUAUAUAAAGGAGGCCAUACUCACACUCUCCCGUACCUUUAUAUAUAUAUACUGUAUACAGGAGGCCACACUCACACUCUCCCGUACCUUUAUACAUAUAUAAAGGACGCCACACUCACACUCUCCCGUGCCUUUAUAUAUACAGGAGGCCACACUCACACUCUCCCGUGCCUUUAUACAUAUACAGGAGGCCACACUCACUCUCCUCCCUGCGCCUUUUAUACAUAUAUAUACAGGAGGCCACACCUGUGACUCUCCUGCCUUUUAUACAUAUAUACAGGGAGGCCACACUCACACUCUCCCUGCCUUUUAUACAUAUAUACAGGACGCCACACUCACACUCUCCCGUGCCUUUAUAUAUACAGGAGGCCACACUCACACUCUCCCGUGCCUUUAUACAUAUAUACAGGAGGCCACACUCACACUCUCCCGUGCCUUUAUACAUAUAUACAGGAGGCCACACUCAGACUCUCCCGUGCCUUUAUACAUAUAUACAGGAGGCCACACUCACACUCUCCCGUGCCUUUAUACAUAUAUACAGGAGGCCACACUCACACUCUCCCGUGCCUUUAUACAUAUAUACAGGAGGCCACACUCACACUCUCCCGUGCCUUUAUACAUAUAUACAGGAGGCCACACUCACACUCUCCCGUGCCUUUAUACAUAUAUACAGGAGGCCACACUCACACUCUCCCGUGCCUUUACACAUAUAUACAGGAGGUCACACUCACAAUCUCCCGUACCUUUAUACAUAUAUACAGGAGGUCACACUCACAAUCUCCUGUACCUUUAUACAUAUAGGGAUUUGUUGUAGUGUUUGUGUUUUUAUGUUGAGGGUGUGUCUGUGUAUCUGACUGUGUGUGUAUCUGACUGUAUCUGAGAGUCUGUAUCUGACAGUGUAUGUUUAUAUGUGUAUUAUAGUGUGUGUGAAUGUGUUUGUGGCAGCAUAUGUCUGGGAAUGUGAGUGUCUGUCAGUGUAUACGUGUCGUUUAUCUGCACAUGUGCAAUAGCCUGUCAAUGCUUUUCCUAUGAGAAAUAUCAGCCAUGUAGGUUUAGCCGGCCGUGGUGAGACAGGUGCAGCGUGGGAGAAAGGUAAGUAAAUACACCUUUCCCAUGCAAUGCAAAGGGGCUGGAGGCCUAAAAAGUUAGUUUAACACUAUGUUUGUAUUCCCAACUAUAGUGUUCCUUUAAGAAUAAAAAUGAAAUUGUGGGAUAAAUCUUAAAAAAAUUUUGGCAUCAUCAUUAGUAUUCCAUUGGUUCCCAGGGUGACUUCUCCACUUUCAGAACUUUGUUGCAUGAUUACUGUAAUACAUAACUCCUAUUGCAUUUUUUAUACGGCCUCUCUGGAUAACUCUCACUCGUCAAACCGAUCUCUUACUCAAUUAGUGCGGCCACUCACCACUUCCAUUUCACCUUCUAAUGUGCCAGUGUCCCAUCAUGUCACUCAGUCGCUACCCACCACCCGUCCUUCCUAUCGUGUUAUUAUAUCCCACCUCAUCCAAAUUGGCAUCUUGUUUAAUCAGGGUCCUCAACCCCACCUUGUCUAGAUUGGCAUCUCGUUUAAUCGGGGUCCUCGAACCGACCUUGUCUAGAUUGGCAUCUCGUUUAAUCAGGGUCCUCGACCCCACCUCGUCUAGAUUGGCAUCUCGUUUAAUCAGGGUUCUCGACCCAACAUCGUCUAGAUUGGCACCUUGUUUAAUCAGGGUUCUCGACCCCAACUCGUCUAGAUUGGCAUCUCGUUUAAUCGUGGUCCUUGACCCCACCUCGUCUAGAUUGGCAUCUCGUUUAAUCAGGGUCCUCGACCCCACCUCGUCUAGAUUGGCAUCUCGUGUAAUCACGGUACUCGACCCCACCCGGUCUAGAUUGGCAUCUCGUUUAAAGAACCACUAUAGUGCCAGGAAAACAUACUAGUUUUCCUGGCACUAUAGUGCCCUGAGGGUGCCCCCACCCUCAGGGUCCCCCUCCCGCUGGGCUGGAUGGAGAGGAAGGGGUUAAACUUACCUCUUUCUCCAGUGCCGGGCGGGGAGCUCUCCUCCUCCUCGGCGAAUGCGCAUUCUCAAUGCUUUCCUAUGGACGCUGGCCUCUUCUCACUGUGAAAAUCACAUUGAGAAGCGCGGAAGCGCCUCUAGCGGCUGCCAGUGCUGCUUAUUACUGUAAAGUGCUGCUUAUUAAAUUGGAAAUACUAAUAUUAAUAAUAAUAACUAUAUAUAAAGAAAAAACCUGUAUAUAGUUAUCUCAAAGUCAUUAGAGCUGGCAGUGACGUCACAUGCUGUCAGUCAUGAUCCUGCCCAGUGAGCGAGAGAGAUCAGCAAGGUAGCGUGGCCGAGCGGUCUAAGGCGCUGGAUUUAGGCUCCAGUCUCUCUGGAGGCGUGGGUUCGAAUCCCACCGCUGCCAAUCAUUUUUUGUUUGUAGUAACUGGUUCAUUUUUUUUUUUAAUUUUUUUUAUUUAAUGUAAUUAGACCUUGUAAAUCGGCUAUUAGUUUAAUUUCUAUCCAUUCACAAAAUACAUAAUUUAAUUUAAAAAUUCUGGAGAUAAAAGCUGAAGUCCCUCCCUCACCAGCCACCCUAUUGCCAGGAAGGAAAAUGGCCACCAAGCUCCCGCAGAGCGUAAUGACGCUUCGCAACCUGAUUGGUCAGCUCUAACCUUCGCGAGAUGUCCCUUUAAGGCAACGGUACAUUGGUUGCCAGGCAACGGAAGUGGUGGCAGAGUGGAGCAGAGAGAGGUAACUAUGUGUGAGAUUACUGGGUAUGAUAUAACAUGGGCCUUAUAUCCCAGGGUUAUAAUAAUAACACUGCAUGUAAUGUAUUAUACAGUGACUGGGUGUGAUAUAACAUGGGCCUUAUAUCCCAGGGUUAUAAUAAUAACACUGCAUGUAAUGUAUUAUACAGUGACUGGGUGUGAUAUAACAUGGGCCUUCUAUCCCAGGGUUAUAAUAAUAACACUGCAUGUAAUGUAUUAUACAGUGACUGGGUGUGAUAUAACAUGGGCCUUAUAUCCCAGGGUUAUAAUAAUACUGCAUGUAAUGUAUUAUACAGUGACUGGGUGUGAUAUAACAUGGGUCUUAUAUCCUAGGGUUAUAAUAAUAAUACUGCAUGUAAUGUAUUAUACAGUGACUGGGUGUGAUAUAACAUGGGUCUUAUAUCCCAGGGUUAUAAUAACACUGCAUGUAAUGUAUUAUAUACAGUGACUGGGUGUGAUAUAACAUGGGCCUUAUAUCCCAGGGCUAUAAUAACACUGCAUGUAAUGUAUUAUACAGUGAUUGGGUGUGAUAUAACAUGGGCCUUAUAUCCCAGGGCUAUAAUAACACUACAUGUAAUGUAUUAUACAAUGACUGGGUGUGAUAUAACAUGGGUCUUAUAUCCCAGGGUUAUAGUAAUACUGCAUGUAAUGUAUUAUACAGUGACUGGGUGUGAUAUAACAUGGGCCUUAUAUCCCAGGGUUAUAAUAAUACUGCAUGUAAUGUAUUAUACAGUGACUGGGUGUGAUAUAACAUGGGUCUUAUAUCCUAGGGUUAUAAUAAUAAUAACACUGCAUGUAAUGUAUUAUACAGUGACUGGGUGUGAUAUAACAUGGGUCUUAUAUCCCAGGAUUAUAAUAACACUGCAUGUAAUGUAUUAUACAGUGACUGGGUGUAAUAUAACAUGGGCCUUAUAUCCCAGGAUUAUAAUAACACUGCAUGUAAUGUAUUAUACAGUGACUGGGUGUGAUAUAACAUGGGUCUUAUAUCCCAGGGUUAUAAUAAUACUGCAUGUAAUGUAUUAUACAGUGACUGGGUGUGAUAUAACAUGGGUCUUAUAUCCUAGGGUUAUAAUAAUAACACUGCAUGUAAUGUAUUAUACAGUGACUGGGGGUGAUAUAACAUGGGUCUUAUAUUCCAGGGCUAUAAUAAUACUGCAUGUAAUGUAUUAUACAGUGACUGGGUGUGAUAUAACAUGGGCCUUAUAUCCCAGGAUUAUAAUAACACUGCAUGUAAUGUAUUAUACAGUGACUGGGUGUGAUAUAACAUGGGCCUUAUAUCCCAGGAUUAUAAUAACACUGCAUGUAAUGUAUUAUACAGUGACUGGGUGUGAUAUAACGUGGGUCUUAUAUCCCAGGGUUAUAAUAAUAAUACUGCAUGUAAUGUAUUACACAGUGACUGGGUGUGAUAUAACAUGGGCCUUAUAUCCCAGGGUUAUAAUAAUAAUACUGCAUGUAAUGUAUUAUACAGUGACUGGGUGUGAUAUAACAUGGCCUUAUAUCCCAGGGUUAUAAUAAUACUGCAUGUAAUGUAUUAUACAGUGACUGGGUGUGAUAUAACAUGGGCUUUAUAUCCCAGGGUUAUAAUAACACUGCAUGUAAUGUAUUAUACAGUGACUGGGUGUGAUAUAACAUGGGUCUUAUAUCCCAGGGUUAUAAUAACACUGCAUGUAAUGUAUUAUACAGUGAUUGGGUGUGAUAUAACAUGGGCCUUAUAUCCCAGGGCUAUAAUAAUACUGCAUGUAAUGUAUUAUACAGUGACUGGGUGUGAUAUAACAUGGGCCUUAUAUCCCAGGGUUAUAAUAAUGCUGCAUGUAAUGUAUUAUACAGUGACUGGGUGUGAUAUAACAUGGGUCUUAUAUCCCAGGGUUAUAAUAAUGCUGCAUGUAAUGUAUUAUACAGUGACUGGGUGUGAUAUAACAUGGGCCUUAUAUCCCAGGGUUAUAAUAAUAAUACUGCAUGUAAUGUAUUAUACAGUGACUGGGUGUGAUAUAACAUGGGUCUUAUAUCCCAGGAUUAUAAUAACACUGCAUGUAAUGUAUUAUACAGUGACUGGGUGUGAUAUAACAUGGGCCUUAUAUCCCAGGGUUAUAAUAAUACUGCAUGUAAUGUAUUAUACAGUGACUGGGGGUGAUAUAACAUGGGUCUUAUAUCCCAGGGUUAUAAUAACACUGCAUGCAAUGUAUUAUACAGUGACUGGGUGUGAUAUAACGUGGGUCUUAUAUCCCAGGGUUAUAAUAAUAAUACUGCAUGUAAUGUAUUAUACAGUGACUGGGUGUGAUAUAACAUGGGCCUUAUAUCCCAGGGUUAUAAUAAUACUGCAUGUAAUGUAUUAUACAGUGACUGGGUGUGAUAUAACAUGGGCCUUAUAUCCCAGGAUUAUAAUAAUAAUACUGCAUGUAAUGUAUUAUACAGUGACUGGGGGUGAUAUAACAUGGGUCUUAUAUCCCAGGGUUAUAAUAACACUGCAUGUAAUGUAUUAUACAGUGAUUGGGUGUGAUAUAACAUGGGCCUUAUAUCCCAGGGUUAUAGUAAUACUGCAUGUAAUGUAUUAUACAGUGACUGGGUGUGAUAUAACAUGGGUCUUAUAUCCCAGGGUUAUAAUAAUACUGCAUGUAAUGUAUUAUACAGUGACUGGGUGUGAUAUAACAUGGGCUUUAUAUCCCAGGGUUAUAAUAACACUGCAUGUAAUGUAUUAUACAGUGACUGGGUGUGAUAUAACAUGGGUCUUAUAUCCCAGGGUUAUAAUAACACUGCAUGUAAUGUAUUAUACAGUGAUUGGGUGUGAUAUAACAUGGGCCUUAUAUCCCAGGGUUAUAAUAACACUGCAUGUAAUGUAUUAUACAGUGACUGGGUGUGAUAUAACAUGGGUCUUAUAUCCCAGGGUUAUAGUAAUACUGCAUGUAAUGUAUUAUACAGUGACUGGGUGUAAUAUAACAUGGGCCUUAUAUCCCAGGGUUAUAAUAAUACUGCAUGUAAUGUAUUAUACAGUGACUGGGUGUAAUAUAACAUGGGCCUUAUAUCCCAGGGUUAUAAUAAUACUGCAUGUAAUGUAUUAUAUACAGUGACUGGGUGUGAUAUAACAUGGGCCUUAUAUCCCAGGGUUAUAAUAAUGUGUAUCUCUCUAUCUCACUCCUCAUCCCUCCCUUCAAUCUGUUUUAUAUUAUAAUUAUUACUAUAUAUAUAUAUAUAUAUAUAUAUAUAUAAUGAGCUGUAUUUUGCAUUACUAUAACAAUAUUUCAUGUAUCAUACACACUGUGAUUGUGAAAAAUCAGUGAUUUAUAUGCUUUCCAAGGAGCCACUGAAAUGAUUUUAUAAAUGUGUCUUACAUUCUCUCUUCACAGGUUAGAGAAUGUUGGCCAUCAGUAGCUUGGUCCCUUCUCGUUUCCUCACACUGACUGCUCAUCUAGUUAUAGUCAUUACAAUAUUCUGGUCAAGAGUAAGUGAUAUCUGUAAUGUAUCAUUAAUGUACAUUAAAUUGCAACUGUCUAUUAUUUGUAUUCAGAGAGAGAGAGAGAGAGAGAGAGAGAGAGAGAGAGAGAGAGAGAGAGGAUAUACGGAGCUAUCGUCCACCUGUAUAUACAGAGAGAGGGCAGACUCAGUUAUCUAUCACUGUAUAUUCAGAGAGAGGACAGACUGAGCUAUCACUGUAUAUACAGAGAGAGGACAGACUGAGCUAUCACUGUAUAUACAGAGAGAGGACAGACUGAGCUAUCACUGUAUAUACAGAGAGAGGACAGACUGAGCUAUCUAUCGCUGUAUAUACAGAGAGAGGACAGACUGAGCUAUCUAUCGCUGUAUAUAAAGAGAGAGGACAGACUGAGCUAUCUAUCGCUGUAUAUACAGAGAGAAGACAGACUGAGCUAUCUAUCACUGUAUAUACAGAGAGAGGACAGACUGAGCUAUCUAUCACUGUAUAUACAGAGAGAGGACAGACUGAGCUAUCUAUCGUUGUAUAUACAGAGAGAGGACAGACUGAGCUAUCUAUCGCUGUAUAUACAGAGAGAGGACAGACUGAGCUAUCUAUCACUGUAUAUACAGAGAGAGGGCAGACCAAGCUAUCUAUUGCUGUAUAUACAGAGAGAGGACAGACUGAGCUAUCUAUUGCUGUAUAUACAGAGAGAGGACAGACUGAGCUAUCUAUCGCUGUAUAUACAGAGAGAGGACAGACUGAGCUAUCUAUCGCUGUAUAUACAGAGAGAGGACAGACUGAGCUAUCUAUCGCUGUAUAUACAGAGAGAGGACAGACUGAGCUAUCUAUCGCUGUAUAUACAGAGAGAGGACAGACUGAGCUAUCUAUCGCUGUAUAUACAGAGAGAGGACAGACUGAGCUAUCUAUCACUGUAUAUACAGAGAGAGGACAGACAGAGCUAUCUAUCACUGUAUAUACAGAGAGAGGACAGACUGAGCUAUCUAUCGCUGUAUAUACAGAGAGAGGACAGACUGAGCUAUCUAUCGCUGUAUAUACAGAGAGAGGACAGACAGAGCUAUCUAUCGCUGUAUAUACAGAGAGAGGACAGACUGAGCUAUCUAUCACUGUAUAUACAGAGAGAGGACAGACAGAGCUAUCUAUCACUGUAUAUACAGAGAGAGGACAGACUGAGCUAUCUAUCACUGUAUAUACAGAGAGAGGACAGACUGAGCUAUCUAUCGCUGUAUAUACAGAGAGAGGACAGACUGAGCUAUCUAUCGUUGUAUAUACAGAGAGAGGGCAGACCAAGCUAUCUAUUGCUGUAUAUACAGAGAGAAGACAGACUGAGCUAUCUAUCACUGUAUAUACAGAGAGAGGACAGACUGAGCUAUCUAUCGCUGUAUAUACAGAGAGAGGGCAGACCAAGCUAUCUAUUGCUGUAUAUACAGAGAGAAGACAGACUGAGCUAUCUAUCACUGUAUAUACAGAGAGAGGACAGACUGAGCUAUCUAUCGCUGUAUAUACAGAGAGAGGACAGACUGAGCUAUCUAUCACUGUAUUUACAGAGAGAGGACAGACUGAGCUAUCUAUCGCUGUAUAUACAGAGAGAGGACAGACUGAGCUAUCUAUCACUGUAUAUACAGAGAGAGGACAGACUGAGCUAUCUAUUGCUGUAUAUACAGAGAGAGGACAGACUGAGCUAUCUAUCACUGUAUAUACAGAGAGAGGACAGACAGAGCUAUCUAUCACUGUAUAUACAGAGAGAGGACAGACUGAGCUAUCUAUCACUGUAUAUACAGAGAGAGGACAGACUGAGCUAUCUAUCGCUGUAUAUGACAGAGAGAGGACAGACUGAGCUAUCUAUCGCUGUAUAUACAGAGAGAGGACAGACUGAGCUAUCUAUCGUUGUAUAUACAGAGAGAGGGCAGACCAAGCUAUCUAUUGCUGUAUAUACAGAGAGAAGACAGACUGAGCUAUCUAUCACUGUAUAUACAGAGAGAGGACAGACUGAGCUAUCUAUCGCUGUAUAUACAGAGAGAGGGCAGACCAAGCUAUCUAUUGCUGUAUAUACAGAGAGAAGACAGACUGAGCUAUCUAUCACUGUAUAUACAGAGAGAGGACAGACUGAGCUAUCUAUCGCUGUAUAUACAGAGAGAGGACAGACUGAGCUAUCUAUCACUGUAUAUACAGAGAGAGGACAGACUGAGCUAUCUAUUGCUGUAUAUACAGAGAGAGGACAGACUGAGCAAUCUAUCGCUGUAUAUACAGAGAGAGGACAGACUGAGCUAUCUAUUGCUGUAUAUACAGAGAGAGGACAGACUGAGCUAUCUAUCGCUGUAUAUACAGAGAGAGGACAGACUGAGCUAUCUAUCACUGUAUAUACAGAGAGAGGACAGACUGAGCUAUCUAUUGCUGUAUAUACAGAGAGAGGACAGACAGAGCUAUCUAUCGCUGUAUAUACAGAGAGGGGACAGACUGAGCUAUCUAUCGCUGUAUAUACAGAGAGAGGACAGACAGAGCUAUCUAUCGCUGUAUAUACAGAGAGGGAACAGACUGAGCUAUCUAUCGCUGUAUAUACAGAGAGGGGACAGACUGAGCUAUCUAUCGCUGUAUAUACAGAGAGAGGACAGACAGAGCUAUCUAUCCCAUCUGUAAAGUGGGAGGACAGACUGAGCUAUCACCUGUAUAUACAGAAAGACCUAUACCGUCUAUAAGCUCUUCCGAGUAGUGUCUUCUUCACCUCAAUGUUAUUUGUUUCUAGAAAGUACUCGGUAAAUAAGCCUAUUGUAUAAUUUCAAACCUUCCAAAUGUUGGUUCUAUAAAUGAUAAUAAAAAAUAUACAGAGAGGGGACAGAGUGAAGUACAAUGCAUAUACAGUGAGAGUACAGUCUGUGCUAUUUGUCCACUUUCAUAUAAUCUGAAAGCCAUGUGAGCUAUCUGUUACUUAUUUGUACAUCUGAGGGUCGGUCAGAUUAACUUGAAAUAACUUGUGUGUGUUUUAUUUUGUAGGAGAAUAAUGUCCUUGCUUGUCUUCCUGUCACUUACACACAACAGGAAUUUUCUUCUCGAGAUACAGAGUAAGUUUCAAAUUAAAUAAUUGAGAUUGAGGGCAUUGUGAGAUUGUCCCACUUUCUUCCCCUGCAUGGUAACAGAAUGACACAGAAGGCACUGUGAACUAAGGGGCUAAUUUUUAAGGAGAGGUUCAAAGAGUCAUAUUACUGCCUCUACCGAAGUGUAUAAAGCACUUGCAUAUUGGAGAUAGCAAUCAAUAGUAUUGGAAUGCCUCCCAAUAUCAGUAACCACACACGAUACCAAGUCACCGCUCUAAUUAAUGAUAUUGGACUUUUAAUGCUCUGUGUCCCAAAAAGGCGUUAUUCAGAUCCAAUUUUCUUUAAGAUCAAUAGGAAAGAACGAAAGUGCUCAUAAUACAAAUCUGUGUAACACAUUUGUUUCGUAUGUGAGGUCACUGUAAAUUACACUUACACUUUAAAAAGCAACUUGGAACAGUCCUAAAAAUGUGUGAUAGAUAAAAACAGACAGAGCAUCUAACGCAACGCGUUUCGCACUUUAAAGCCUUUUUCAAGAGUAUUAAAUACUUAGAAUGUGCUUCACCAUUCUGCGCCAGGCACAAUUACUCCUACGAUUUGGAUGGGAGAAAGUUAUCACUUUUGUUUUCCUCCACAGGUUGAUUGUUGCUCUCUCGGUUACAUUGGGGAUGUUUGCCAUCGAGUUUGCUGGUUUUCUCUCUGGACUUUCAAUGUUUAACAACACACAAAGUCUACUCUGUAUCCUUUCAGACACAUAAUGAAUUUCAGGUCCUAAAACUGAAUGUGGGUAUUAAUGCUGUAUUUUGGUGUGAUUGUCUGUGAUGUGCUUAUUUCGUGUGAUGACAUACUGUUUAAUGUUUGGAGUAGAUUUCCAAAAUGGAAAUCUGUAGUUUAGGAUAAUAUGGUUUAAUCCAGUAAAAUGUUAGAUGUGCUGCACUGAAAACUGUUGGAACUAAGACUGACUUUCUCUAUAAUUAAAGAUCUCCUAUGUUCUGACCAUAUCGGCUGUCAUUGCUAUACCCCCAGUUGGGGAUCUAGAGUAAAACCGUUCUCCCUGCUACACUGCAUACGCCAGCAUGCAUUCAAAUGGCAACACUGAGGCUAAAAAGGCCAAUGAUUUAAUGAACAGUCCUGCAAGUUCUAAAACUCUACAGCUAAAACAACAUCAUUCAAAGAAGGCGCCGCAUUGUAAAAGGGAUAUAAGCAUCAAAACAAUUUAAGCUUAAUAGUGUGGUUUUGGUGUAUAGAUAAUGCCCUGGCAGUCUAACCAGUAAAUUAUCUGCUUUUGCUUUGUUUAUGCAGCCAUGUUCACAGCUCCCUGCAUGUGACCUACACAGUCUCCCUCCAUAUUUCAUGUAAAGAGAUCUGAUGUUUAAACUUCCUUUAUUGCUAAGUCUGUUAAAUUCAGAAUUUCUUAUCUCCUGCCCUGUUUAUAGCCUGCAGGAGCCUACUGUGGGUGACUAAAAUUAAAUGAACAGAGUUGGAGGUAAAAAGGAAACUAUGUUUUUCAUGUUGACUUGCUAAGCCCGCAUAAACAGAAACAAAAGUGACGUAUCUCCUAGUGAGACUUCAGGGACUUGAUCUAUACACUAAAACCAGUUAAUUAAGCUAAGGUUGUUUUGGUGGUUACAGUAUCUCUUUAAGCUAAAUGGAUUUGACAUUCAGCACUUUCAGAAACAAUGUAUUUUCUUAGUGAGUGUUGGCCUCUUUUAAAGGCAGUUUGUGAAUAACUUCGAAUUAGUUCAAACAAUCGAAUAGUAGUGAUAUAAAAGGCUAUGCUUGCCUAAAAUUAUACGUCAUAUAUGCAGUUUCCCUGGUUAACAAAUUUCCCUCCUAUAAAGAUCUUCCUCCUGUUUCUGGUGAUAUACUGACAUCUUCAGGUUGCUGCCGAAUUUGCAGCUGAUCUGGACUACUAAUGUAUUGCAACCAUUAUUUCCUAUAAAGUUCUUCAUUUGAGGAUUAAAUGUGCGUUGGAGAGACUUAGCAGAGUUUAUCCUAUUCAUGGCCUGCGAGACUAAUGAGUGGAGGAAAACGAGACAUAUGUUCUGUUAUUGACUGUGUGAGUGAUGAGACAUAGAGAGAAAAAAUUAUUUUGUUACCUCCCUAACCAUAUCAUGUGUGGUCAAGCUGUGGGAGCUCAUGCCAGUGCCAGCGUUGCCCUCCUUUUCUUCCUUUUUGAGGCCUGGUCUUGUUCUGUGUAUUGGUGGAUUAUGGCACUGUGCAGGUGAGUUGUAAACACUAGAGGAUGAGUGCAUUUUCAUUCCUUCCUCUUGUUUUCCUCUCUUUGUCUUGCUUCCUUUCCUACCCCUUACUCCUAGAUACUCUAGAUACUGUUACAAGAAGCCAGUAUUUGGUUGUUUAUUUCCUUAAUGGGCCUCUCCUCAGCGGUGGCCGUUCACUGUGCAGCCUCUGUCAGCUUGUCCCUGUUUGUCUCCCAGAAAUGGGAGUGCACCUCCUAUUGGUAUAUCUUUGGUUUCUGCAGGUACAUAAUGAGGGAGGGAAAAACACAGAGUGGCUGGCUGAUAUAAGAAAAGUAUCUAAAUGGGGACUGGAUCACUAUAGGUUACAAAACCGGUAACGAUGUUGGGUAGACCAAUGCCUCUUCCUGUCCACUAAUUUGUCCCUUUGUUCUCUCCAUUUUCAGUGUUCUGCCAGCCCUCACAGAAAUAAUUGUCUUCAUCGCUGUACUUGGCUUCAAGCGGAAACCGCUAUGAGACUUUUUCAUCUUCCUGACUUUUUAGAAGCUAGAUAAGUCUUCGUCUUUCCAAUGACCAAAAGGUCCCUGUCCCAGUGCCUGUGAGCCAGGACCAAUCUUUUAAGUGUCUUCUCAGGGAUUUCAAGAAGCUAGAUUCAAAGCAAAAUUUGUGACAAUAUAAAAUAAUAUACACGUGUGUACGAUUGGGCCGACAGCUGGUGAUUCAGAUAUACACCAAGUUGGCCCAGACUGACUAAAGCAGCCAUGCUUACUUGGUUGACCAUAUGUCCAAGAUUGGCCAGGAUUGCCUUGUACUAUAACACCUGGAGGAGCUCACUUAAAGGAACACUAUAGUCACCUAAAUUACUUUAGCUAAAUAAAGCAGUUUUAGUAUAUAGAUCAUUCCCCUGCAAUUUCACUGCUCAAUUCACUGUCAUUUAGGAGUUAAAUCACUUUGUUUCUGUUUAUGCAGCCCUAGCCACACCUCCCCUGGCUAUGAUUGACAGAGCCUGCAUGAAAAAAAAACUGGUUUCACUUUCAAACAGAUGUAAUUUACCUUAAAUAAUUGUAUCUCAAUCUCUAAAUCGAACUUUAAUCACAUACAGGAGGCUCUUGCAGGGUCUAGCAAGAUAUUAACAUAGCAGAGGAUAAGAAAAUCUUAAUUAAACAGAACUUGCAAUAAAGAAAGCCUAAAUAGGGCUCUCUUUACAGGAAGUGUUUAUGGAAGGCUGUGCAAGUCACAUGCAGGGAGGUGUGACUAGGGUUCAUAAACAAAGGGAUUUAACUCCUAAAUGGCAGAGGAUUGAGCAGUGAGGCUGCAGGGGCAUGUUCUAUACACCAAAACUGCUGCAAUAAGCUAAAGUUGUUCAGGUGACUAUAGUGUCCCUUUAACAGUCACUUCUCCUCUAAAUACAAACACAUAAUCCUUGGUACUUUGUUAUGAUCAGAAAAAAAUAAAUCGUACUACAUAUAUUUUUUUCAACACAUUUAAUUCAUGUAUAUUAGAAAAUGAUCUAUUAUUGGCAAUGCAGGAGCUGGAGGCAGAAAGCACAAUUCCUGUCACUUGCUUACAAGGGGAUGUGAUGAACAACAUACAUUUUGCAAAUAAACAUGUCUUAAUCUUGUUGUUCCUAUAUUAUCAUUAUUAUUAAUCAAUGUGUGGAUUGCUACAAAUUCACAGUAAAUUUCAAACUGUAGGUCAAUGUAAAACAUAGCUACAUUGCAUAGUAUUUCAGAUUCUGCUAAUUCGGCCUAACAUUUGUAAUUCACUGUGAGUUCCUGGUAAUCCAUACAUCAGUGAAUAACCCUGUAAAUGUCAGUCAGUUUGUUAUAUGAUGGCAUUGUGUAGUAAUUCACUCAUAUCUGUUAGGUGAAUUACCCAUUGAGCGUAUUACACAAGGGGGCAGGGCUGUUUUUUUAAUGGUUUUCAAAAACUGUUUUUCAAUCAACUGUACUUUUUAAGAUAUAAUUUUAUAUGGUGCAUUUUUAUAACAUGGAUUGUUUGGCUUUAUUAAAUGUUUUCUACAUAUACUAAAUAA